UGGGCCGAAGCGUCGCUUGUUUUCCAGCCUCUCGUCUUCGGGCUUUGUCGGUCGCCUCCGGAGCGAGUUGUUGCUGGGUCUCAACGAUGAUUGACAAUAAUGGCGACGCGUUCAUUCUGAGUUGACUCCGGGGAACCGUGUCUGGCCGACAAAGGGAGCGUCUUGGACGGAUCGUGGACACCGCACUCGGCGCCAUUCAAGACAAACAAGCACAAAGAGGAGCACAUCCACCUCAGCGGGGAAACCCGGGCAGCUUUAUCCUGCUAGCACCGCGACAGCUAGCAACUCGCAUCGCCAGCUAGCCAAGUUGGGGAGGUGGUGUUCCUGUGUGUGGAGUGGAGGAGAGGGACAGGGAGCCGGGGAGAUCCUGCCCAGUUAGCUGUGUGGCGACUCGAGGGGCUUUUAUGAUAACUGGUUUCUGGUUCUCGGAGGCCACGCGCAGGAGACUCAGUUAGCUUGGUCUGGUAGUUUGUUGUCUAAACAGCUUCCACAGGCAGCUAACUUAGCUACCCAGCUAGCGAGGCUAGCUUUGUGGAUUGUUCCAGUCUCGUCGCCACUCGCCGUCUGGAAACUGACCCCCCCCUCCCAGAUAGCUGGCUAGCUCAGGCUGCUUAGCUCCCUAACUUGUACGAAUCGCUGGGGAACAGCGAGCCCUCUUUCGGAAAUGACUACCGGCAGGAAUAACCGGGCGAUGAUGGAAGGAGUCGGGGCAAGGGUGGUCCGUGGACCCGACUGGAAGUGGGGGAAGCAGGACGGCGGAGAGGGACAUGUCGGCACCGUCCGGAGUUUUGAAAGUCCAGAGGAGGUGGUUGUUGUCUGGGAUAACGGGACGGCCGCGAACUACCGUUGUUCCGGAGCCUACGACGUGAGGAUACUGGACAGUGCACCAACAGGCAUCAAGCAUGAUGGAACCAUGUGUGACACCUGCCGUCAACAGCCUAUCAUAGGCAUUCGCUGGAAAUGUGCUGAGUGCACCAACUACGACCUCUGCACAACCUGUUACCAUGGAGACAAGCAUCACCUGAGACAUCGGUUCUACAGGAUCACCACCCCGGGCAGUGAGAGAGUUCUUUUGGAGUCGCGUCGCAAGUCGAAGAAAAUCACGGCCAGAGGGAUCUUCACUAGUGGUCGGGUGGUGCGAGGUGUGGACUGGCAGUGGGAGGACCAGGAUGGAGGCAACGGGAGGAGAGGAAAGGUGACAGAGAUCCAGGACUGGAGUGCGGCCAGCCCCCACAGCGCUGCCUACGUCCUGUGGGACAACGGGGCCAAGAACCUGUACCGCGUUGGCUUUGAGGGAAUGUCGGAUCUGAAAUGUGUCCAGGAUGCCAAAGGAGGCUCGUUUUACAGAGACCACUGUCCUGUUUUGGGUGAGCAGAACGGCAACAGAAACCCUGGCGGUCUGCAGAUUGGAGAUCUGGUCAACAUUGACUUAGACCUGGAGAUUGUCCAGUCCCUCCAACACGGCCACGGUGGAUGGACCGACGGCAUGUUCGAGACCCUCACUACCACUGGCACAGUGUGUGGCAUCGAUGAGGAUCACGACAUUGUGGUGCAGUACCCCAGUGGAAACAGAUGGACGUUCAAUCCAGCUGUGCUGACAAAGGCCAAUGUAGUGCGCAGUGGAGACGCUGCAGCCGGGGCAGAGGGAGGCACUUCCCAGUUCCUCGUGGGAGACCUGGUCCAGAUUUGCUACGACAUCGACCGCAUCAAGCUGCUGCAGAGAGGCCACGGAGAGUGGGCUGAAGCGAUGCUGCCUACCUUAGGCAAGGUGGGGCGCGUCCAGCAAAUCUACUCUGACAGUGACCUGAAGGUCGAAGUAUGUGGAACUUCGUGGACGUACAAUCCUGCUGCUGUCACCAAGAUCGCCCCCUCUGGCUCUGCUGUCAGCAACGCCUCUGGAGAGCGUCUGUCUCAGCUGCUGAAGAAACUAUUUGAGACACAGGAGUCCGGAGACAUCAAUGAGGAGCUUGUCAAGGCGGCAGCCAAUGGAGACCUGGCAAAGGUGGAGGACAUUCUGAAGAGACCGGAUGUGGAUGUGAACGGUCAGUGUGCCGGACACACUGCGAUGCAGGCAGCCAGUCAGAACGGUCACGUGGACGUCCUGAAGUUGCUGCUCAAACACAACGUGGACCUAGAGGCCGAGGACAAAGAUGGAGACCGGGCGGUGCACCACGCUUCCUUUGGCGAUGAGGGCUCCGUCAUUGAGGUGCUGCAGAGGGGCGGAGCCGAUUUGAACGCCAGGAACAAGCGAAGGCAGACUCCGUUACACAUCGCUGUCAAUAAGGGCCACCUGCAAGUGGUCAAAACCCUGCUGGACUUUGGCUGCCACCCAAGCCUCCAGGAUUCGGAGGGUGACACACCCCUGCAUGAUGCCAUAAGCAAGAAGAGAGACGACAUGCUGUCAGUGCUGCUGGAGGCCGGUGCGGACGUUACCAUCACAAACAAUAAUGGGUUCAAUGCCUUGCAUCAUGCUGCCCUGCGAGGAAACCCCAGUGCCAUGCGUGUGCUGUUAUCCAAGCUGCCAAGGCCUUGGAUCGUGGACGAGAAGAAGGACGACGGUUACACCGCACUGCACCUGGCUGCCCUCAACAACCAUGUGGAGGUGGCUGAGCUGCUGGUGCACCAGGGCAGCGCCAGCUUAGACAUCCAGAAUGUCAACCAGCAGACGGCGUUGCACUUGGCCGUGGAACGCCAACACACCCAGAUAGUCCGGCUGUUGGUGCGGGCAGAGGCCAAGCUCGACGUGCAGGACAAGGAUGGGGACACACCACUUCACGAGGCGCUGCGUCACCACACGCUGUCCCAACUGCGACAACUCCAAGAUAUGCAGGAUGUCAGCAAAGUGGAGCCUUGGGAACCCUCCAAGAACACAUUAAUCAUGGGCCUGGGCACCCAGGGGGCCGAGAAAAAGAGUGCAGCAUCCAUCGCCUGUUUCCUGGCUGCUAAUGGAGCAGACUUGACCAUUCGUAACAAGAAGGGCCAGUCCCCCCUGGACCUGUGUCCCGACCCCAGCCUCUGCAAGGCCCUGGCCAAAUGUCAUAAAGAAAAGAGCAGUGGACAGGUGGGCACCCGCAGCCCGUCUCAGAACAGCAACAUCGAGUCGCUGGAUGAGUGUAUGGUGUGUUCGGACAUGAAGAGGGACACCCUGUUCGGGCCCUGCGGACACAUCGCCACCUGCUCCCUCUGCUCGCCGCGCGUCAAAAAGUGUCUCAUCUGCAAGGAUCAGGUCCAGUCCAGAACCAAGAUCGAGGAGUGCGUAGUCUGCUCUGACAAAAAAGCCUCCGUGCUGUUCCAGCCCUGUGGCCACAUGUGCGCUUGUGAGAACUGUGCCAGCCUCAUGAAGAAGUGCGUACAGUGUCGGGCUGUAGUAGAACGCCGCACUCCUUUCGUUCUCUGCUGUGGAGGGAAAGGUAUGGAGGAUGAUGAUGAUGCCGCUGAUGAUGAUGAUGAUGAUGAUGAUGAGGGUGAUGAUGAUGAUGAUGAUGAUGAGGAUGAUGAUGAGGAUGAUGAUGACCUUACAGGGAGCUCUAACACUAUGGCAGGGGGAUCGCAGGAUCUUGUCCAGCCCAACAAUCUGGCACUAAGUUGGUCCAGUGGAAACAUCCCGGCCAUGCAGAGGGACAAAGACAACACCAACGUCAACGCUGAUGUUCAGAAGCUCCAGCAACAGCUCCAGGACAUCAAGGAACAGACCAUGUGUCCGGUUUGUCUGGACCGGCUCAAGAACAUGAUUUUCAUGUGCGGCCACGGCACCUGCCAGCUGUGCGGGGACCGAAUGAGCGAGUGCCCCAUCUGCCGCAAGGCCAUCGAGCGCCGCAUCCUCCUCUACUAGACCCCCCCCCCCCCCACCACGGACUCUGUCACUUCUCUUAAAGUUCACACCAACCACGCCUGCAAGGCCACAACCACACCAGCUGCUGCCGCUGCUACUGCUACUUCUGCUGCCGCUGCCGCUCUACCAUCCUCACAGCGCCCGAGUCAGCCAGCCAAGGGCGUCCUAAAAAAUGUCUUAGUCCACACAACAGACGCUCUCUUAAUGGUCUGACUGUGUUCACGUGGAGUUUCUGUUACAAAACCAGGAAAGAUGACGAGUCGACUUCAUCAGAUCUGCUGUUGUCUCCUAAAUGCAGCUGGAAAGACGGUUGCUUUUACGCACAUCGCCUUUUCUUCUCUUUGUCGCUCUCUUUUCCUCUUUCUUACCACCCCCUCCUCAUCCCUUUCUCUGUUUUGACUUCUCAUGUGAAACUUCUCUUCUCUCUUGGAGUACAUGGCGGCCCCCUCAGACUUUAAAUCUUGAAAAAUGAACUUAAAGGGGUCGGAUCUGUGCCUGGAUUCCCCCCCCCGGAACGGCUUCGAGUACAUGAGCGAAUCCACGAGUGUAGAGGAGGCGAGGUCGGGCCGCCCCCCCCCCCCUCGAUGUAAAGUUCUCAAGCAUCUGUCGCAGUCAAGUUUUAUUGUAUCUGUAAAUCUUAAUUCCAGUGUAUUGCUAUCUGAAGCUCCUGAUGUGGAUUUUUUCAGUAAUUAAGUUUUCAUUACAGUAUGGCAAGUUUGUGACGCAUCCCUGUUUGCACCAUGUUACAGGCUCCUGUGAGUGUUUUUGGCUUCGUGUCUGUGUUUGGCCGUCGUGUCACACGCCGUCGAAGACCACAUGUUGGCGGUUUUGCACUAGAAAAAGCUGAGUCAGGGUUUCAAACGCUCGUUUCCACACUCACUGUGGCGGCCCCACUGCUGCUCAGUGGUUAACACACGUGGAGCAGUCGGACUGCCAGGUAGCACACACCACACCCGCACGUUGUUUACCGAGCUGCACCGAUCACGACGGCGGUGUUUCCCGCGACACGAGAGCACCUCCGUGUUGGAGCUCAAGACAAACACGUGAAACUCCUGCAGCUUCUGUCCAGUGACCAGCCCCUGUUGUACACACAGACCCACGAGAUGCAAACGAGUCUCCUGUCACAACGUUUUGUUAAAGCUCUAAUGAGACCUGGUGGGAGUGUACAAUUCAAUGAGCAUUGCUAAUUUACCAUUGAUUACUAUGUGCCAUUUUGCUUCCAAAAAUCUACCGGUUUAAUAACUUGUAUGGGGGAUAAGGUGCUCUUUAUCUUGUAUUAAUGUUUUUCCCUUCUUUUUAUUUAAAGUGUAUUUCCCUUUCUUCUCAAAGAAUCUACAUUUAUUGAGCUGGAGAGUACAAUCUAUUAGAACACUAAGAUGAAAAUGUAGAUUAAAUUAUUUUGUAUUGCUGCCCAAAAAUAGGAUUUAUAGGUCUCACUGCCUUCCUAAUAUGUAGCCUCAAAAGUCUCUCAAACAUUCUGCUUUGAUAUUAAGGUUGAGAUAUGUCGUGUGAUGUUCAAUUUUCAUUCUGUUUGCUUUCUGUUGGCUGUCGCUUUCUGGAUAGAAAGAUGGAAGCUUUUUUUCCUCCCCCUCUCUGAAUUAGGUCUCUGUAAACCUAACUCAUUUGUGUGAAACAGAAAAAAAAAGAUGGAGACUUUUGUUUUGACAUGAAAAAUGACAAGUAUCUUCUCACCAGUAUUUUUAUUUGGGAGGAAAAGCUAACUAUUUUUAUUUUUUAGAAAGACAGAACUUGCCUUACCUCUCUUAAAAAGGCAGUUGCCCAUGUGGAGAUGCAGCGACGUGGCCGGCUUGCUCUGCUAUGUUGGGAACUGCAACCGCAUACAAGCAUUAUUUUAUUCCCCCCCACCCCCCGCCCCUUCUUCUCUUUGUAGGACUGAAACUUUUUCCCUCCCCCAGUACGGUUUUGAUUCUUUCCACUGAUAACACUUUAAGCUAGAAGCACUAAUACGCUUUACGGUAGUGUUGUCUUGUUAUGGUUGUCAUGAAAAAGCCUAUUUUGUACUUUAUUUUAAAUCCCUGUAAUUGUCCUGUUGGAAAUGUAUCCGUGGUAUUUUUAUUUUCAUUUUUUUUUUCAUUUUCUUUGGCAUGAAUGUUUGACAUAUGCAGUACGACAUGUAUCAUGAAAACAGUUCGGUCUGUAUUGCUGAUAAGUGCUUUUAAAAACAACAGUAUAGCUGGAAUAAAGAUCUAAAUGAACCAUGGGGACAUUAA